GUGAAUAUUUUAAGAAUGUAUUUUCCUGAUUCUACUUUCCAGAUGGUCGAGAGUGCUUUAUCUCCGCCGUACGACGGGAGCGAAUUUCAGGAUCUGUUUCCUGAACUGACCGGCGUGGAACCAGACGAAAUGGUGGACAUAGAAUCGUUGGCUGAUCAUGCUGCAUCGUCGUUGCAACAACCUGAUGACGUUGUAGAAAAUCACUCAGUUAUGCUGAACGACAACGUUUCCAUUCAUUCACAAGAUAGUUAUUCAGAGAGGGGUUCAGUAUACGAGUGUGAUGAUGUUUCAGAGGGGGAGGUGGAGGAACAUGAAGAUGCUGAUCAAUUGCUGAGAUACCUCAUCGCUCCAGUCAGUCAAACUCAAAGUAAGACGAAGCAGCUGAGACGCCAAUCUUCCAAUUCCAAUGACUCUGAAAGAUUUCCUGAUCGUUCUCGGGAUCAGGGCUCGACCAUUCAUCAUCCAGACUCCCCGCCGCCAUCAGCUGUGGUGACGACGCGUAAAUACACAAGAAAGUCCACGUCAAAGGCCCGAAGAAACGGGCCAAAACAAAUGCCAGCUUCUUCAACAACAUGCUUCACCGUUGUUGAUGAGAAAGGUUCAUGCAAAAGCGUCCAAGGCCCAAACAGGAAUGCUGUUAUGGCAAAGUUAAAUCGUGAGAGGAAGAAGCAGCUCAUGGUGGAACUUGAAGAAAAGGUUGGACUUCUCGAUACUGAAAAUGAUGCGCUUAAAAAGCAGAAUGUCCGCCUUCGAAAGAGAGUUGAUAUUCUAAGCCGAGAACUUCAAUAUGUGAAAAAUGUUCUUGCAAACCAAAGCACGCUGUCCAGUCUUCUGAAAAAUAUCAAAGCAACAGGACUUGAGUUUCAUACUUCAAUGCCGUUACAGUCCAACCCAAGCAGAGUUGCCAAAGGUAUUUCACGUGUGAAUCAGAAAAGAAAAAGGCAGUUUGAUCAUGACUAUUGUCUUGAGCAGAAUGAUGAUGAGUUCCAGUCUCCAAAAGUUGCCAGGUCUGGAAGUAAAGGGAAAAAAGAUGAUGGCAAAACUGAUGCUAAUGUGAAUCUUUCAAACUGUGAUGCAGUAGGAGGAGUUUGUCUUCAUGUUUUAGGUGAGAAUGUCUCACUCGAGUUCUGUUCAAAGUGUAGUGCAAAAGCAAACUUGGCUGGAAGCAGAUGUUGAGCCAUUCUCAAAGAAGCAGGAAUGAGAUGAGAUCUCAAAGAAGCUGUUCAUCACUGGCCCUGGGAGUAAUCAGAUGAUCAUGAACUACAUGUAUUCCAUCGCAGAGCAGCAUGUUGAGUGACUAAGGAACGGUGUCAUUUUAUGAUUUUGGAAAGCAUAUGGUCGGUUGUUUCUUACCUUUGAUUAAUGACAGUGAAAGUACAAUUGAAUUCUUUCUAUAAGCCAUAACUCAUUGAUUGUUUUAGUUCACAGACUUGAGCUCCAUAUUUUCAAACAUUUGACUCGAAAUGAAAUACAAGAAAAACUCAAUAUCGUAGUAUUGACAUGUGAUAAUUUUGAUUAUUAGAUAAUCCUAGGUUACCGGUAAUUCAUUUUUGUCCUGUUUUGUAAAGAGAAGUCAAUUGCAACUUGUGAGUUUUGUUAUACGUUGCAUAUGGCUUCUCUAUUUUAGUAAUGUCUUGUAUACAAUCUUGUUGAAGAACACUCACUAAUCUUGCUUUCAGUUGUCUCUUUUCUUCUGUCCUAUGCAGGUCAAUUGCUUGGAGAAUUCACCACAGGCACACCUACAUCUAAACUGUCAAGGCCUCUGCUUUAUUGGAUGAUGUGGAUGUAUUCAAUCUUUGUCUUCUCUUCGAAGACGGUGCCACAAAGACACACUUAAGUUCAUAUGUGAUGAACUCAAAUGGUCGGUUAAGUCUUGUAUCUUAGUUAUAAGUGCAUGAAAAUGCAACUUGGUUUUGCAUGACCCUGUCCAAUUUUUUUCUUAUCUAGGCCUACUCUGCUCAUAUCAUUUAUGAAAAUAUGGUGUUUAUUUGAUUUUAUAUCUGUUCAAUAGCAGCUCUUUUGAAUUUGAAGCUAUUGAGAAAAUGGCAACAUGCCAUGUUGAAGUUAUUUAGAGAGGAACAAAACAAAAAACACCAAACCAAUAGGGAUAAGCCUCCAUGCAAUAGUUGGUACUCGUGACAUAAACUUAUUGUAUGACCUGGAUCCAACAGUGAUUCUACAAAGGAAAUGAAUCUAAUCUUGUUCAGGAAAUUAUCAGAUUGAAUUCUAAUUUCAUUUUGAAGUCUCCAAUACUUUAUAUAAGCAAAUGAAAAUCAGCAUACGACAUUUGCUUAACAAAGUUUACAGUCCUAAAGGGUUAAAGAUUUUAGAUGGCAGAAAAGGAGUUUACUUCAAACUGAUAUAUGUUUCUGCAAUUUUCAGGAUAAAAAUAAAGAAUGCAUUGAUAUUAAACUACAUUGUAUAUUCAGUUGCAUGUUUUGCUAUUUAAAAUAAAAAGAUGGCAUAUGUCAAAAGUUGAUUUUCAUUUGUUUACUACCAAUUGUUAAAGACAAGGUACUCUCAGAAAUACUUGACUGCUUUAUUUUCUCUAGAUGCUGUAAUCCGGAUCACCUGCCACAAUUUACACAGACUUCUGAUUUUGGUAAAUAAAAGCAAAAAUGAGAAAUAAAUUCAUGAGUGCUUGCGCCUCCUUGCACCCUCCUGAGGUCAAGUACACAUGCUAGUAAACAGUAAGUAUAGAGGUGAGUAAAUGAUAAGAUGAAAUGGGAACCGAUGCAUUUUAAUUCCUGUGUUCACCUCCACUAUGAUUUGUAAGAUCAGUCAGGGGAAAAAAGGGUCAAAAUAAAGCUUAAUUUAAAGUCGUCUGUCUUCCCCUUUGGUAAGGCCAGCUUUGAUAUAUAUAUAUUUUUUUUGUGUGUGUAGUACUACAAUUGGCAGAAUUGUCUAAAAAGAUAACAGGUGUAUAUUGCCCAUUUAAAAAUGAAUAUAACCCUUUUUAAUUUGGAUAAUAGAUUUAAUGUCCUGUCAAUAAUAUUUGAACUAAUAUAUGUUUACAACUUUGUAAUGUCCAAAUCUGCAGAAACUGUUGCAAAAGGUAAUGCACAUUAUUGCUCUGAAUUAUUUUUGAAGUGUUCAAUUGGUAACUUUACAAUUUGUUACCAAAAUUCAAUAGAAUUUAAAGCAAUUCCUCUCCCUCUCUGCUUUGAUACCAAACAAAGAAUUAUGAAAGGAAAAAUUUUAAACAACUGUUUAAGAAAAUGAUGUCUUCUUUAUCCUUGCAUCUGUUUUUAGUCCAUUUGAGAACUUUUCUUGGUUUACUUUUUUGUAUAAUUUUAGAAUAAAAGAAAAACUACAUUCAUUUUUUUUUUCCAGUUUGGAAAAUCACCCCAACUCCCCAAGACAUUGUGUUUCCUUUUCAAAAAAUCUAAGAUGUGCAUUGCCUGCUCUAUAUUGGAUGUCCUUCAUUGAUUUUUGUUGGGAGUGCUAUGUACUCAUAUGUGAAGAUAACAUAAGCCUUGAAUAGAAAGUGUCAUUUGUGAUUCUGUAUGUAAAUAAAAAUGUUCUUUGAUCUUGUAAUUGUA